AUGAAUAAAGAAACUAAUAAUUUUAAUAUAGAAGAGUUAAAGCAAAAUAACAUUGAAGAAUCUAAUAAAGAUGUAGCUAAUAUUGUAAAAAAUGAAAAUAUAUCAAUUGAUGUUUGUUCAUUUAAAGAAAAAAAAGAAAUAAAAGAUGAACCAGAUACAACUGAAAAUAAUAUUUUAGUUGUAGGAGAUGAAAAUUUAUCAUUUUCUGAAUUUAUCAUUGAAGCAUAUCCUUUUUCAAACAUUUAUAUAGCUAGCACAUUAACGGAGUUAGAGAUGAACUAUUUGUUGAGAGAUUUAGAAAAAAAAAAAAAAAUAAAAUAUGAAUAUGAAACAAUGAAAAAAGGAGAAAUAAAAAUAGAAAAAUGUCAUUUUUAUUAUACAAGAAAAUUUAAAGAAAAAUAUGCAAAUAAAAAUGUUCAGAUAUUAUUUAAAACAAAUUUAUUUUGUUUGAAAUGCUAUUUUCCGAAUAAUUUUUUUAAUACAGUUUUUUUGUUACUUCCAGGGUUAUGCUAUAAUAUUAGAGAAAAUGGAUUGAAAUACAGCGAUAAAGUAACAACUCUAAGAAUUUAUUAUUUUUUAAUUUUAUUGAUAAUUGAAAUUAUUAACAUAAGCAUAAAAAAUACGAGUAUUCAUAUGUUGUGGACAAAUGAAAAAUUACAAAAUCUAAUUGAAGAUGAUAAUAAAGAUUCAGAAAAAAAGAAAAAUGAAAAUCAUAAAAUGGAAAAUGAAAAAAGGGAUGAUGAAAAUGAGGGAAUCAAGAAAGAAAGCAUACAUGAUACUAUUAAUGCCCUUAAAAAUUUAAUGUGUAAUAAUAAUAAUUUGAUAAAUGAAAAAAAUGAAAUUAUAGAAAAGAAUGAUUUCAACGAAGAAAUUUAUGCUAAAACAGAAGAAAAUGAAAAUAUAUUUUCUGAAAAGAAUCACUAUCAAAAUUUUAAUAUAAACGGCAACGAAAUUAAAAAUGAUACUGAGAUAAGCGAAGAUGAAAAUAAUAGAAUAAACGAAGAAAACAAUGAAAUAAAUGAUGGAGAAAACAAUGAAAUAAAGGAUGAAGAAAACAAUGAAAUAAACGGUGGAACAAAUAAUGAAAUAAAGGAUGAAGAAAACAAUGAAAUAAACGGUGGAACAAAUAAUGAAAUAAAUGAUGGAGAAAAUAAUGAAAUAAAUGAUGGAGAAAAUAAUGCAAUAAAUCAAGAUUAUAAUAAUGAAGUAAAAGAAAAUUGUGGUAAUAUUAAUGAAAAUGAGAGAAUAGGAGAUGAACCUCUUGAAGCAAAUUGUUAUGAAAAUAAUGAAUUUAACCUAGAUGAAAACAAUGAAAACAAAUUGGUAACCAGUGAUAUAAAUGAUGAAAAAAAAGAAAUAAAUAACACUGAAAAUUUUAAUAGAAAUAGCAUAAAAGAAAAUAAUAUUUCCGAAAAAAAUUUUACAAAUGAUAUAGAAAAUGAAGAAAUAAAUGAAAUUAAUGAUUUAAAUGAAAAUAAAGAAAAUGAACAAAAAUUUGAAAAUGAAUAUGAAGAUGAAAAGGAAAAUACUACUAAUUUAGCUAAUAAUAUAGAAAACAAUGAAUAUGAACAAAUAAAUGAAAUAUUUAGUUAUAAUAAUGAAAUUCAAAGAAAAAGUGGUGAUGCUGAUGAUUUAAGCAUCUUAAAUAAAAGUGAAAAGUUGGAUAACAAAGGGGUGAAUAUUAAAUUGUCUAAUUACUCUAAUUUUAAUACAGAAGAGGAAGAAGAAGAUGAGGAAGAAGAGGAAGAGGAAGAGGAAGACGAAGAAGAGGAAGAUGAAGACGAAGAUGAAGACGAAGAUGAAGAUGAAAAAACUAAUUGUUUUGAUAUAUUUGAAAUAGAUAAAUCUAUUAAUUUAGAUGACUUGGAAAAUGAAACUAGAAAAAGUGGAGAUACAGAAAAAGUAGAUGAAAAAGAAAACAUAAUUGAAUAUGUUUACAAGAAUAAAAAAAAAGAAAAAAAAAGUUUAAUAAAUAUAGUACGCUUUCCUUUGUUGUAUGAAAUAAAUAUCAAGAAGUUAAUGAAACUUUUUUAUUUUCAUUAUCAAGUAAAUAAUGAAGAAAAAUUAAAAUUAAAGUUAAAUUCAAUAGAUAUUACGAAAAAUUAUUUUCCUAUUAUAUAUGGAAAUCAAUUUAUUUUUAAUGAAUUUUUGAAAAAUUGUAAAUUUUUUUCCUUUAUAUUAAAAAAAAAGAAGUUGACAAUACCAGAAGAUCUAGCAGUAUUGUUACCUAAAAUAUCAUGUGAAUAUCAAAUUGAAUCAUACAAUUUUUUAAAAAAAAAAUAUUAUUCAUUGUUUAAUGAGGAGGUGAAAUCUUACAAUUCUUUAAAAGAUCAGAUAAAUCAUAUAAAUCAUAUGAGGCAUAAGUUAUAUUUACACAAUUUAAAGAUAAAAGAAAAAUCAAGUAAAUCGAAACCCUAUAUUUCGUAUUAUCUUUUUCAGAAAGAUAUGAAUGAAUUAAUGAAAGAUAAAUUAUCUUUAGAAAAAUUAUGGCAAAUUGUUUUUAAUCCUCUUGAUUUUUUUCAUAUGAAUGAUAAUGUGAAUAAAUAUUUUGAAUAUUAUAUUUCUCCGAGGAUCUCGAAAUUUCACAACGCAAUUGAUUGUAAUAAAUUGUGUUUUAAAUUUAAUAUUGGAAAAAAAGAAGAAAAUGAAAUUCAUAGAAAAUCCACCAAAAAAAUAUAUAAAAACAAUUAUUUUACGACAAAUGAUAAUAAAAAUAAGCCUCCUUUAUUACCAACACCAACUGUUGAUAACUAUAAAAAUAAUAAUAUGAAUAAAAAUACCAAUGUAUAUAAGCAUGCUAAUAACACUCCAGUAUCCAACUAUAAUAAAUUAUAUAGGAAUGAAAAAAUGAGAAAUAGUAUAAAUAACAAUUUUGAAAACAAAAGAGAAGACAAAAAUCAAAAAUAUUCAAAAAAUGAAAAUCAAAGAUCUAGUAGAAAUACAAACACAAAUUUUCAUAAUUAUAAUUCUAAUUAUCAUGAUAAAGUUUAUGGUAAUAUAUCACACCAUAAUUAUAAUUAUAAAACAUCCAGAAGCAAUAUGCAUAAAACUAAUGAAAGCAGAAACGAUAACAAAGGUAUCAAACGUAGAAGAGAUGAUUCAUACGAAAUCAGAAGAGAAGGUUAUUCUAAUAAGAGAUAUGAAAAAAGAGGAAGAAAUGAUUACGAUAUGAAAUUGAAAAUGGAUGAUAGAAGAACAGAAAGUAGUUCGAAAAAUCAUUCAGAAAUGCAGGAUCCUUAUGCAUCAACAAAAGAAACAAAUAAAAUUUAUGAUACGAAUAAUUCUAUGAAUAAUUCAGAAAAGCAAUCAUGGAAAUUACCACCACCACCUCCUAUAAUACCCCCAAUUUACGAUAAUCAAUCUCAACAAAAAAUGAACAACUUCUAUAAUUUAGAUGAUACCCAAAAGUAA